AUGGACCUGGACGAUGAGCAGUACAAUUCUGCGGAGGACGAAGACUUCACCCUUGAUCAAGCCGCUGAGGACGACGAUGCGGAGCUAUCGUCCUCUGACGACGAACCGACAACAGAGCCAGUGGCAAAGAAGAGGAAGACGAAGGACAAAUCAGGAGAUGUGACGCAGGUUGACGCGGAGUUGGACUCGGGAGACGAGGCAAUGAUCCGCAAGGCAAAGGAAAAGAAGUUGAAGCAGAAGCACGGGAAGAAGGGUUCUGACGAUGAGGAGGAUAUGGAUGUGAAUUUUGAUGAUGACGAGGGCGGCACUGGAGGAUUUGUGAGGACGAGAGCGAUGAAAAUGCAGAUGUAUGUUUUUUUUCUUUGA